CUCACUUACCUCCAAUUUGUUUCUCUUCUAUCUCCCCUCCCACACCUCAAUUAAUUCAAUCACAAUAGCACGACGGUACAUAUUGCCGUAAAGAAAAGAAGACCAUGGAGCCUCUCAAUGUGUUGAUGGUCGGUACUGGUGAGUACACCACAGGCUUUGUUGGCGGUGGUGCCUCCGGGUCAGAUAAGAAGGUCGGAGUCGUCGGACUGUCCCUUUUCGACUUGCGCAGGCGAGGCAAGGUCGGAAAUCUGGGCAUGGUCGGUGUCAACGGAAAGAAGUACCCAGCUAUUCGUGAGCAUCUUCACAAGAAUAUCACCCAGGUCUACAACAACCUGGACACCUCGUUCGACUCGUACCCAGACAACGAGACUGUCGACCCUGAGUCCUACAAGAAGGCCAUCGACGCCCUCCAGAAGGGCGACGCCAUCACCAUCUUCACGCCGGACCCCACGCACUAUCCCAUUGCCCUGUACGCCAUCGAGCGCGGCAUCCACGUGCUCAUCACCAAGCCUGCCGUGAAGCUCCUCGCCGACCACGUCCGCCUCAUCGAGGCCGCUGAGAAGCACGGCGUCUACGUCUACAUCGAGCACCACAAGCGCUAUGACCCGGCCUACUCGGACGCCCGCUUCCGCGCCCAGAAGCUCGGCGAUUUCAAUUACUUCUACAGCUACAUGAGUCAGCCCAAGUCCCAGCUCGAGACCUUCAAGUCCUGGGCUGGCGUCGACUCUGAUAUCAGCUACUACCUCAACUCCCACCACAUCGACGUGUGCGAGUCCAUGGUCACCCAGCUCGGCUACGUCCCUGUCAAGGUCUCCGCCUCCGCCUCCAAGGGUGUCGCCACGAGCCUCGGCUGCAACGAGAAAACUGAGGACACCAUCUCCCUCCUCGUGCACUGGGAGAAGCCUGACGAGCCGGGCAAGCAUGCCACCGGUGUCUACACCGCCUCCUGGACCGCCCCGCAAAAGGCUGGCGUCCACUCCAACCAGUACUUUCACUACCUCGCCGCCAAUGGCGAAAUUCGCAUCGACCAGGCCAAGCGCGGCUACGACGUCGCCGACGACGCUGCCGGCCAGCUCAUGUGGUACAACCCCUUCUACAUGCGCUAUGCGCCAGACGAGGAUGGGAACUUUAACGGCCAGACGGGAUACGGUUAUAUUUCGCUGGAGAAGUUCGUGGAUGGCUGCCGUGCGGUGAACUCCAAGUCGUUAACGACCAAGGACCUGGAUGGCAAGGGUCUUCCUACACUGAGGAAUACCAUCGCCACGACGGCCAUCUUGGAGGCAGGCAGGAGAAGUAUCGAUGAGAAUCGCGAGGUGAAGAUCGAGUCUAAGGAUGGCCAGUGGAAGUUGGUCUAAUUAGGCCUAAGAGAAGGGGAAGAGGAGGGUGAAUCAAGUUCAAAAUUGUCUCCAAAAGAGAAAAAAUAAUUCAUCGCGUC